AUGGCUGCGAAAAUUGUUUUCCUCUUAUUAGUAGUAAUCUGCCAAGCGCUGGCGGUAGAAGAACGCCAAGAACCAGAUCUUAAGGUCCGUUACAUAUCAAAUCCGCUGAUUGGAAGGGCCCUUAGUAUUCCAAAACGUCUCGAAGAUACACAAGUCAACUGCCAUGCCACCUACCCAGAUGGGGUCAUGUACGAAGUCUACCCGAAUGCUAGGCAUCCAAAUUUGGAUAAAGGUUUAGGUAUGGUGGGACCCAGUAUCAGUUUCAAGGACUGUUCCAUCAUCAUAAGAAACGCCGGGACGGAAGCUAGUGGAACAUAUCAGUUAAUGUCAACAGUGAGAAGAAGUACCGACAGUGCGAUGGUUGUAACACGGCAAAACUUCAUUGUGGAAGUUGUUGUGCAAUCCACUUAA